GGGCCGAUGAAAAUAUCUUUUAUAACAAGUGAAAAUAUUAUUUUUAGGUUUUUUAAUUUUUAAAUUAAAAUUAACUAUAAAAUUGAAGUUUGGACUGAUACAAUGAUUUCAAAGAGAAGCGCAUUUUGGCCACGACUAGACGGGAUCAUACUCUAAUCCAACGGCUGCUGGAAAAACGGCCACGUAAAACCCAAUUUUAACAGGCCCAAAAUAUUUGGCGUGCCCAAACAAACCCAACUGAAUGAAAGUAAACAAAAACUAUUAGAAUAUGCCACAGCGGCAAGCGACGCAGCAGUUGGAGUUGGUAUGUGACAUGAAGCUGUGGCAAUAAAUCCGGACUCAGAUUGUUGACCAUGGACGCCAAGUAUUCGCUGCUGCGCGGGGAACUGGUGGAUACGCAGAGCAUAUGGACCAGGCACGAGAAACGCGUGUGGUUCAUCACACUGAUAACGGGGACCUGCAUGCUCUACUCCACCCGCACCACAAUGCCGCUCCUUGUUCCGGCCGUGGCAUCAGCCCAAAAGUGGAGCAAAACCGAUUCCGGCACCGUGCUCAGCUCCUUCUUCUGGGGCUACACCCUAACGCAGGUGGUGGGCGGUUACUUUAGCGACCGCUUUGGAGGUCAGCGGGUUAUUCUCUGCGCCGCCUUCGGUUGGUCGCUAAUCACAUUCCUAAUGCCGACGAUCAUCUGGUCGGCGGGCUCUAUCAAAAGCUAUGCCAUUCCCUUUAUCGUGGCCAUUCGCAUCCUGAAUGGUGCCCUUCAGGGCGUCCAUUUUCCCAGCAUGAUCAGUUUGACUAGUCAGAACCUCUGCCCCAACGAGAGGAGCAGCUUCUUUGGCCUGCUCACAGCUGGCUCCGCUUUGGGAACUCUUCUUACCGGGAUCAUGGGCUCGUUCCUGCUAGACUAUUUCGGUUGGUCAUACGUCUUUCGUGUGAUUGGACUGAUGGGCGUUGCAUGGGCGCUAGUGCUGCGCUACUAUGCAAUGGCCGGCGAACGCAAUCGGAUCAUUAACAUUGCCACGCCCUCGCGUCUGUGCGCGAAUAAGAGUCCGGCGGAGGCCACGGCUGUGCCCUGGCUGCGCUACUUUAGUAAAUUGUCCUUCUGGGCCUGUGUGUUGACUCACGCCUGUGAGAUGAACUGCUUCUUUGUGCUGCUCUCGUGGCUGCCCACCUACUUCCAUGACGGCUUCCCGCAUGCUAAGGGCUGGGUUGUAAACAUGAUACCCUGGAUGGCCUUGCCGCCGUGCACGCUUUUCGCCAAAUACUUGACUACCAGAUUGCUCGCUCGAGAAUGGCACACAACGACGGUGCGUAAGUUUAUUCAGAGCUGCUGCUUCGCCGCCCAAAACCUGGCACUCUUUGUGAUGAGUCGCACCUCGGACUUCCACACGGCACUGAUCUGCAUGACUAUUAUCAUUGCCGGCACGGGCUUCCACAACAACGCGGUGACGGUGAAUCCUCAGGAUCUGGCUCCCUUGCAUUCGGGCAGCGUAUUUGGCCUCAUGAACACGGUGGGCGCCAUUCCAGGCUUCCUUGGCGUCUAUCUAGCCGGACACAUUCUGGAGCUUACGCAGAGUUGGCCGAUGGUAUUUAGCGCAGCGGCUGGCAUUAAUCUGGUGGGCUGGAUCAUAUUUAUCGUCUUCGGGUCGGCGGAAGCCAUUGUUUAACAUUCUCUUGCACACUUUCUUAAUGGAAACUAACCUAUUUAUUUAUGUGUGUGUAUAUUAGAGUGGUUCGAUUUAUACUUUUGCAUUCAAUUAAAAAUGCAAGAACUAUUAUUUUUAACUCUUAUUUACGAAUGACGAUCGUGAACUUUUCUCGUGAGUGUUUAAGCCAAAAAAAAAUGUAUCGUGGAUACAACAAUAACUAAUAAUUUUCAGUCAAUAAAUCGACUCACUCAAUAUUAAUGUAUAUAUCUAAGGCUAUAGUUUUAAGUAGCGAAAUCUUUCUGCUCCUAGCGUGAUUAAAUAUAAUUGUUUAAUUCAUCAAGCUAUGCCAACUUA